AUUUUUAUAGCAACCCUGAAUCAGUUGAAAAUACAAAUGUCAAAUUAUAACAAUGACAAGAGUAUUUGUGCUGUGCAUUUCGUGGCAUUAACUGUGCAGCAUAAAUUUUAGCGGGCCAAACGUCAAACAAACGUUGUUGUGCGCUGAACUCUUUACUUCAACUCAAUCAACUUAAAAAUCAAUCGUGCAAAUAAAUUUAUUUAAUUAAAUAAAUUAUUUUUUUACCAAAAAUACCAAAAACCGGAACGAUGAAUGACAUUUUGCGGGCAUUCAUAUGGUUGGUAGUUGGAAUUAUUUUGGCAUUCCUUUGCAAGGUAUUUUAUGAUAAAUUUAAUACUCGGAAAGAAGACAAAGUCUACUUUGUUAUGUCUUUCGACGAAAAUUGCUGCAAUCCAUUUGUUAGUAAUUGCAAUCCUGGACCUCAAUGCAAAAAGAGAUGCCCGGGUAGUUUAUUCGAAAAAAUUGCCUUCGAAAUGAAAACCGCUAGAUCAUCAAUUUGUAUUGCAAUGUACAAUUUUACCAGUCAUCGUUUAGCCCAACACAUUGCGUUACACAAGGGAAAAUUUACGGGAGUCAAUGUGCGCGUUAUUAUGGACAAAAAAACUUAUGAUGACAAUGAGGAAAAAACCGAAAAGGGAAAGGACACCGUUGGCAGAAUUCUUGAAAAAGCCGGUAUUCAUGUGAAAACAUGUGGCGAUAGUGAGAACAGUCAAUUGAUGCACCAUAAAUUUUGUCUAAUCGAUGGAUAUGCUAGAGAAGGUUGUCUUAUUAACGGUUCUCUUAACUGGACAGCCGGUGUUGUUAACAACUGCGAAAACGUUCAUUUCAACUACAACAAAAAAGUACGCAAGGAAUAUUUGCACGCCUUUGAUCUGAUGUGGAACCAAAUUAAGUGAAGUAAACAGAAAAUAAUCGACCAUUUACCAAAAUGCCUUACUGAUAAAAAAAAAACUCAUCGCAUUACAAAUCAUUACCGGAACACAAAAAUUAUGAAUUAUUAUUAAGAAAAAAAAAACUUUUAAAAGAGAAGAUGAAGCACUGAGUCGGUUGUCAUUGAUUUUUUUUUACAUUCAAAGUAAUGUUAAAAAUUUAGAGCAAACAAGUGCCAAAACUAGCGACUCACUUAUUGUCACACAUUUUUUUGUGCAUUUUAAAACGUGAUUUUAAUCAAAACUCAGUAUAUUUCAAGUAAAAUAGGACAGAUAUUUUUGAAAUUAAUUUUGAAAUCCGAUUCCAAACACAAUAGAAAAAUACAUAGUCAUGAUACACACAUUCCAUACAAAAACACAAAAACUAUAUGCUAUAGUAAUUACUGUAUGAUUUUAUUUGUUAAUUAAAGUUUAUCGUAUGUUACAACAGAUA